AUGUCUUGCAACAACCAAUAUGUCUUUGUCAACGACACCAAUUCAUUGUCAUCAUCAUCAUCUUUUUCAUUGUUCAACCGUGUUGAACAACAAUCUAAAAUCAUCCAAAAUAAAAAUAUUUCUUUGUCUAUGAUGAUGCAGCCAUCAUCCGUUUCAUUGUUAUCUUUUAAUCAUUUUGAACAUCCAAUCAUUCUUAUCAAAAACAAAAACAACAAAAACAAAAACAACAAAAACAAAAACCACAAAAACAAUAAUAAUAAUAAUAACGAUAUCGAUUCAUCUAUUUCACAAACCGAAUUUGAUUCAAAUCAUAUUGUUUCUCAAUGUCAUUUUCCAUCAAACCAUACUUUUAUUCCUGUCUAUAACAAAAAUAUUAAUAAUAAUAAUAAUUUAACUUUUAAUUCAACAAUGUCAAUUUCAAUUCCUUUAAAUUUAAAUGUUUUGUCCAAAUCCCAUUUCCAGUUACCAUUAAGUCACUCAACCAACAACCAUAUUAUUUUCUAUGACGACAAAGAGGAGGAGGAAGAGGAAGAGGAAGAGUAUGUUCAAUUGAACAGCAACAGCAACAACAACACAAUCUCAUGUUUCAACCAUGCAAGGUGUAUUUUAACACAUUCAACAACCAACAACCACAUUCUUUUAGACAAGGAGGAGUUUGUUCAAUUGAACAACAGCAGCAGCACACAUUCAUUAACAUGUUUAGACCAUGUUAAACAUCAAUCAAUUCCUAUUAAUAAUCGAUCAAAUAAUAAUAAUAACUAUUUUUCGUUAUUUCAAUCAUCAUCAUUAAUUUCACCUAUUCCAUUUUCAUCUGAUUAUUUUAACUCUUCAAACACUUCCACAUUAUCAUCAUCAACAUUAUAUUUAUUAUCAAAUACAAUUAAUUCAACAAGAUCAAAUACAAGCCCAUUUUCAAGAUACUCUAGCAACAUCUCAAGAAUAGAAAACAACAAUGCGGUAACAAGCUCUGACAAUUUAAAUGAUGUUUCGAUCAAUUGUCAAUCAUCACGAUUACUCUUUAAUCAUUCAACAACCAACCAUUUUCUUUUAGCAGAAGAGGAGCAGAAGGAGGUAUCUUUUCAAUUGAACAACAACAACAACAACACAACCACAAUCUUAUUGUUCAACCAUGUUGAACAUCAUUCAAUUCAUAAUUAUAAUAAUAAUAGUAUUUCUUUCCAUCAAUCUACCAUUUUAUUUUAUAAUUCAAGUGAUACUCAAUGCCAAUCCAAUCAUUCAUUAGUUCCUGACAACAAUAAUAAUUAUUUAUUUUUUAAUUCAUCCACAGUUCAUAUUUUAACUCAUUGCCAAUCAAACAAUCUCACAUUCCUCACCAAUCCAUCCACCCUCCACAUUCAUCUCCGAUCGACCCACAAUCCUCAAACCAUUGGACAAUCUUCUAAUAAUAAUAAUAACAACAACAAAAAUAAAAAUACAAAUACAAAAAAUAAUAACAACAAAAGACCAACAAUUAAUAAUAAUAAUAAUAACAAUAACAUCACAACAAAUAAUAAUAAUAAUAAUAAUAAUAAUAAUAAUAAUAAUAAUAAUAAUAAUAAUAAUAAUAAUAAGUAUUCCUCUUCCACAGACAGACCAACCCUUCGUUGUUCGCCAACCAAUAAUAAUCGUAAUAUUAUUACAAUUUUAGCCAAUCACUUCAAUCCACAGCCAUUAAAAAAUACAAACCAUAACAGCAAUAAUAACAUUAAAUUAAAAAAUACAAAUAACAACAACAACUCAUCAUCAUCAUCAUCAUUCUCAUGUUUCAACCAUGUUGAAACAUUCAUUUCAACCAACAAACAAAAAAAAAAUAAUAAUAAUAAUAAUUCUUCAUUAAAUCAUCCAACAUCCAAUCAUUACACUACUCCAACCAUUUCAACAACCAAUCAUUUUGUUCCAACUCCAUCUUUGUUCAAUUUCAACUCUCCCACAUUCACAUUAAACAAUCCAACAACAACAAUCUCAAUGUGUCCAAUAUCAACGACAAGACCAUUUUCAACACACUCCAUCGUUUCAAGAUCUCAAAACAAAGCGGUAACAAGCUCUGACAAUUUAAAGCAUUUUACUGAUACCUCUUUUAUUUUUAUAGAUACCAAAGUUGGCAACAAUUAUUUUUAUUCUCUCAACUGUUUCGGAACCAAUCAUUCAAAUCAUACAACAAUACAAAGCCAACAAUCAUCAUCAUCACCAAUCAAUCAUGAUACAAUCCUCGCCACAAUCCACAUUCACAAUUCAACUCACAAUCAAUAUUCACAAAUCGCUCCACCAUCCUCAAAUAAUAAUAAUAACUCCUUUUCAUUUAUUCACCCAUUAUUAUCAAUUAAUAUAGAUUUUAUUGUGCCCCAAUGUCAAUCACAACCAUUAAUUUCAAAUUACUCAACCAACCACCCCAUUCUUUUAGAAGAAAAGGAAAAGACUGUUCAAUCGAACAACAACAACAACACAAACACAAUCACAAUCUCAUUGUCCAACCAUGUUGAACAUCAUUCAAUUCAUAAUAAUAAUAAUAAUAAUAAUAAUAUUUCUUUCCAUCAAUCAACCAUUUUAUUUUAUAAUUCCAGUGAUACAUUAUAUCAAAGUCAAUGUCAAUCAAAUCAUACAUUCUUUCCUGUUGACAACAACAACAAUAAUAAUUAUAAUUUAUCUUUUAAUUCAUCCACAGUUUCAAUUCCUUUUAAUUUAAAUGUUUUGUCUCAAUCCAUGUCACCCAUUCCAUUAAACUCUAGCGAUGUUUUGUUUCAUUGUCAAUCACCAAAUCAUUCAACAACCACCAACAAUAUUAAUUUCGAUCAGGAAGAGUCUGUUCAAUUGAACAGCAACAGCAAUACAAUCUCAUUUUCAUAUUUCAACCAAUCAAUUCCCAUAGAUAAUAAUAAUAAUAAUAAUAUUUCAUUCUUCAAUGACCAUCAACCAUCGAUUCCAUGUUUUAAAUCUAGUGAUAUUUUAACUCAUUCAACAACCAACAACCACAUUCUUUUAGACAAGGAGGGAACAACAAACAAUAAUAAUAUUACAAUCUUUGCCGAUCACUUCAACGCAUCCACAAUCCGUGUUCACCAAUCCAUCCAGACAACAAAAAAUAAUCCACCAAACAAUAAUAAUUCAUACAAUACAAAAAAUAACUUAAAAAAUAAUAAUAACAAGAAUACAUUUGAUAAUAACAACAACAAUAUAUUUUAUAUGUCACAAUCCAACUCUUCCUCCUCCUUUUUUACCUCUUCGAUAUACAUGAAACCCUCUCCUUGUUCACCAACAAAGAAUAAUAACAUUACAAUCUUUACCAAUCACUCCAAUCCACAAUCCUCAUUCACCAAUCAAUCAUUCAUUCAUCACCAAUCCGCUAGUACACUAAUCAUUAUUCUCUUCAACUCUUUUGGUAAUAACAACAUCUUAACAAUACAAUAA